AUGGAGGGCCUGAGAACAUACUUUCUAAUGCCUCUGACCCAGGAACUGAGUAUCUAUACGUGUCCCCUUCCCUUCUCCAUGACAUUCCAGCUUUGUCCAGCUGAGACUGGGCCUUUGAGAGCCUCCAGGUUCCUCAAAAUGGGCCUUAAUGGUGGGCGUCCAUCACCUGUCUCCCUCACCCCCUCCCCUCCACCCCCCGCCCUGGAUGCUUGCUUCCCUGCCACAGAUACCCAAGUGAGAUGUCUGUGCGUGGCUAGUUUUUCACAUCUCGUUAGUGUUUUUUGCUUGCCUUUGGGCAAAAGCCCCCUCUAG